AUGGCCGACUGCUAUGGAAAGCGCGGCGCGAGUCAAGCUGCGCAGUUCUUUUACACCGGGGAUGGCAGUCAUGUGGAGGCGCUGACGAGAUAUCGUCGUCACGGAUUGCAUCCCGUCAUUCUCGGCGACAUCCUUCCAAUGCUAGGCACCUGCGUCGGCGAUCUGGAUCGCGAGCCGCGCUACCAAAUCCGAUUCAAGCUCGGUUUGGGGGCCUUCGCGACCGUCUGGCUGGCUUGGGACCUCGCUGACGAUCGAUGGGUAGCGGUCAAGCUUUGCCAAGGCUCCGACUCUUCAGAGCCUAAUCAAGAGGCAACCAUUCUCUCCGAGCUUCAGACAUCCGGACAAGGAGAGCCCGGCCUGGAGAGAAUCAUUAAACUCUUCGACUUUUUUACCAUCAAGGGGCCGAAUGGAUUCCACCAAUGUUUGGUCACUGAAGUUGUCUGCCCACUAAACGAUAGUUAUGCCAUAGACCAGUGCACAUCGGCGUCCGUCUACCAGGCUAUACAGGGCUUUGCCUUUCUCCACGAGCAAGGCAUAGCACAUGGAGAUCCCCAUCCCGGAAACCUCGGAAUCGCAAUCCCACGGCUCCAGCAGUUUGACGGCGAGCAGCUCGCCGACUUCUUUGAUCUUGACCUUGUUCCCGUCAUGCCACGCAGCCGGUCGUUCCCACGCGACUCGGUGCCAGCAUAUGCCACUCCGCGCAUAGACAUUUCGGACUUUCUGCACAGCUUCGACGCGUUUCCAAGUCGAGAGACAAUAUCUGUCAAGAUUUUGGAUUUUGGCCGAGCACACAGAUUUGGUCAACAAGUUGCAGACUUGCCUGGGGCCGCUCCACUGACCUUUCGCCCACCAGAGAUUGUGAUGCGCGACAAGUUUGACGACAAGGCCGGUUCCGCUUGGAGCAAGUCAGCGGAUCUAUGGGCGAUCGGAUGCCUGAUGCAUGAAAUGAGUUUUAGCACCGAUCUUUUCAGCCGCUCCUCAGCGCUGGGCGAGUAUCUCUCUUCGGCUCUUCGACUUGGGGGCCCCCCUCCGGAUAGCUGGCCCAGUUUUUGGAGCACGGCGGCUGAGUGCGAUGCUGACUCUGGCUACGGAGGCCCCGACACCAGAAAAGGGGCGUGGGCGAGCCACGAGGCCUUGUUCAGGAACCCACCCAGCAAGAAGAGGUCGCUACUUCUUAACCUUAUCCAAAGAGUAGUUGUGACAAACCCAGACCAGCGAAUUUCGGCGAGAGAAUUAUUGGAUGAUCCCUUUUUCGCUGUAGAUGUGAUGCAAAACGAGGUUUCGCCGGCAGCGAUUGCGGCCGCAGGGUCCUCUCCUCCAGCUUCAUUAUCCGAAGCGAGUCCACUCUCCCACGCCCACCAACUACUCCUCAGCACGCUCGAGGCUGUCGCCAUGUACUGGCCUAUUGGAACGCCGCGCAUCUACGCCACCAGUAGCAAUCGCGCGUCAGGGUCUCGUCUGUACGUGUCUCACGAUGGCGUCGCCGGCGUGGACGAGGCAGAGCCCGAGCCCGCCAUCCAAGAGGAGAACGGCGGCGAUGCGACAACCCCCCCUGUGACGCCUGCGACGCCUGCGACGCCUGCGGUCAAAUCGGUCGAGUUUGGCGAUGAGCCGUCCGAGACCUUAUCGCAGGAUGAAGAGCCCACGAUUCCUAUCAAGGACCCAGUCCUGACCCUCCGCGUCUCGCGCUCUGGCAACAUGUUUGCCGUCAUUACCGCGACGUCCAUCACGUUAUGGCAGACCAAGCCUACCGUCAUCCUCGCCGUCGUCGUCCGAUCGCAGUCCUCCCUCCAGCUCUACGGCCGAAACGUCGACCUCCUCCUCCGACCCGACUCGGCCAUCCUCGUCGUGCGCACCAGCGAGGGCUACCUCAUCACCUACUCCGUCGCCACUGACGGCGAGUCGCGCGUGUACAAGUCGCACUUCCCAAACUACCACAACGUCCAGCGGCGCCGGCAGAGCCUGGUCGGCCCGCAGGCCGGGCUGCGGCCGGACCAGUACCUCUGGGGUCCCGGCGAGGGCACCGGCGUCCUCGACGUCAGCGUGCGCUUCCGCAUGGUGAUCAAGGUCGACGCCGGCAUCGAGUCAGCCCUGGCGCUCGACGACGAGCUGAUCGUGGCCACGGCCAAGCCCGCCGCGGUGCAGUGCAUCCGGUGGACGCCGGAUAGCACGGGCAGCCAGACGCGCACCGAGAUCCUGAGCCGCAUGGGCUGGGUCGAGAAGAAGGUCUGCAUCACCGAGAUGACGUACGACCGCCCGAUGAACCUGUCGACGUGGAUCACGAGCGACGGCCGCGUGUAUGCUGUGCAGCGGCACAAGAGCACGUCCGAGGACGACGACCCGAAGAAGCUGUUCAAGGGCCACUGCUUUCACACGCCCGAGGGGGCCCGCGGGCAUGCGGUUCGUGCCGUCAUCAACGCCCGCUUCUCCCUCAUCGCCGUUGGCUGCAGCGACGGAACGGUUCAGGUUUACUCGGUCAGGGACUACUCCGGCAACAUCACGCUAUCCCACAGCCAAGUCAUACCCGCGACGACGUCAACGGCCGGUGCCCUCACGACGCUCGGAUACUCCCCGGACGGAUACUGCCUCUUCGCCGGCUUCGAGAACGGGUGGGCGACGUGGAGCAUGUUCGGAAACCCCGGUAGCCAUAGCUUCAGCGCCGAGCGCUCGACCGCGGAUGAGCCUUGGCUCGCGGGCGUCGACUGUGCGUCCUGGGUCGGCGGAGGCUCCGAGAUUCUCAUGAUUGGCCGGCGAAAUGAGGCCAUAUGGUCUUUGGAAAUGGCCAAGAGCGCUGUCACGGGCUGCUACAACGACGCCAAUGUCUUCCGCACCGUUCUGCAGACAUCCACGGGCAUCAUGGUCUAUCGCGGCUACGAUCUUCCAGACAUGACAUCCAUCUCGGCAGAACCGUUCUUGUGGCACACGGCGAGGAUUCCGGCUCCUUAUCUACUACACCAAUGGCCGAUAAGACAGGUUGUCAUUUCACCAGACGGACGCUACGUGGCAGUGGCAGGUCGCAAAGGCUUAGCCCAUUAUAGCGUCAACAGCGGCAGAUGGAAGACGUUUGCCAACGAAGCACAAGAAAACGAGUUUCAAGUGCGUGGAGGAAUGUGCUGGUAUCAGCAUAUCCUGGUCGCCGCGGUAGAGGGCAACAAAUCAUAUGAAAUACGUCUAUAUUCGCGCGAAACGGCGCUGGAGUCGUCGCAAGUCCUCUUUACGCAAAAACUGCCCGCUCCCAUAGUGCUGGUCACUACAUCGGGAGAAGAUUCUCUUCUCGUGUACACAUACGAAAACCUCCUCUAUCAUUUUAUAUUCACGCCGUCACCGGAUUCCGUCCGCCUCGUACAAGUCGGCCAGAUCGCCUUUCACGGCAUCGUGCGAUCGCCCGCUCGAGUGCGCGGUCUGAGCUGGAUCCUGCCCGAGAGCCAGCUGGUCGACGGCGAUCCCUCCCAAGACGUGGCGGUCGCGUCCGUCAUCUUCCUCGUGGACGGCAAGCUCGUCCUUCUCAGCCCGUCGCUCAACGAGGAGGGCCAGCUCAAGUACGACAUGCGCAUCAUUGCACAGAACGUCGAGUACCAUGCCAGUAUGCGCGACCAACCACUGCUCAACGUGGAGCGCGAUGAGACGCGCGGCCCGCCGGCGCUGCGUGACUCGCUGUGGGUGUUUGACGGCAUGCAAGUCAAGGGUUGGGCCAGCAUCGACGACGUGCUUAACGCGGCCUCGGAUGGGACCAAGGAGCUGCCGGCACCGGUGUCGUUCCCGGUCGACUUUUAUCCGCUGUCGAUGCUACUGGAAAAGGGCAUCAUUCUUGGGGUGGAAUCAAAUCUUGUACAAAGGCGUGAUGUCAACUUUUCCUUUUUCCGGUUCACAAUCCGAACGCAUCUUGUAUUACCCGACCUGCUGCGCUUCUACUUGCGCCAAGCCAUGACGGCAGAAGCCGUGGCGCUGUCCGAGCAGUACCAGGACUUGGCGUACUUUUCGCACGGGCUCGAGAUGCUCCUGCACCGGGUGCUCGAGGAGGAGUCGGAAACGUCGCCGCCGCCCGCGCCCGAGGCGGCCGUGCUCCCCCGCGUGCUGUCGCUGCUUUCGUCGUCGCGCGACUACCUGGACGUGGUUCUGCGGUGCACGCGCAAGACCGAGGUGCGGCAGUGGCGCACGCUCUUCGCGUACCUGCCGCCGCCGCGUGAGCUCUUCGAGGAGUCGCUGCUGCGCGGGCCGGUCAAGACGGCGGGCGGCUACCUGAUGGUGCUGUACACGCUCGACGAGCUCGGCCCGUCGACGGAGCAGAGCGUGCGCGUGCUGACGCGUGCCGUCCGCGAGGCCGACUGGGAGCUGUGCCGCGAGCUGGCGCGCUUCCUGGCCGCGCUCGACCACACGGGCGAGACCCUCCAGCGGGUCAUGCAGAUGGCGGACCUGGCGGCGGUCGGAGGGCAGAACGGCGAUGGCGGCAUCGGCGCGCGGCUCGAGAUUCCAUCGGGGCUGGGGCGGCCGCGCGUGCCGAGCGACGGGACGGAGUCGGAUGAACGGUCCGUGAGCGAGGGGAGCUUGGGAUCGACCAUUAGCCCGAUCGCAAGUCCUCCGAUCUAG